GUCAGGUUCUGGGACAGCUGGAGGCGGCGGUGGUGACUGGUAGGGAUGGUUUCCGCCCGCGUUUGCCCCUCCAAAUCCGCCUGUCUUUGGGCCACAGCCCUCGGAAUAACUUUACAAAAGGAAGGGUAUUUUGCGAUUGUUCCCUCCGCUAGAAAUGGCCAAUGUGCUCUGUAACAGAGCCAGACUGGUUUCCUAUCUCCCAGGAUUUUGCUCUUUAGUUAAAAGAGUUGUCAAUCCCAAAGCUUUUUCAACUGCAGGAUCUUCAGGUUCUGAUGAGUCUCAUGUGGCCACUGCACCUCCAGAUAUAUGCUCUCGAACAGUGUGGCCUGAUGAGACUAUGGGACCGUUUGGACCUCAGGAUCAGAGAUUCCAGCUUCCUGGGAACAUAGGUUUUGAUUGUCACCUCAAUGGGACUGCUUCACAGAAGAAAAGCCAGGUUCAUAAAACUUUGCCUGAUGUUCUCGCAGAACCUUUAUCAAAUGAAAGACAUGAGUUUGUGAUGGCACAAUACGUGAAUGAAUUUCAGGGUAGUGAUGCACCUGUUGAACAAGAAAUUAAUAGUGCGGAAACUUACUUUGAAAGUGCCAGGGUAGAGUGUGCAAUCCAAACAUGUCCAGAAUUGCUGCGAAGAGAUUUUGAAUCACUAUUUCCAGAAAUGGCUAAUAGCAAACUAAUGAUUCUCACUGUAACACAGAAAACUAAGAAUGAUAUGACUGUUUGGAGUGAAGAGGUAGAAACUGAAAGAGAAAUCCUCUUAGAAAAGUUCAUCAGUGGUGCUAAGGAAAUUUGCUAUGCUCUUCGAGCUGAAGGCUAUUGGGCUGACUUUAUUGACCCAUCAUCUGGUUUGGCAUUUUUUGGACCAUAUACAAACAACACUCUCUUUGAAACAGAUGAACGCUACCGACAUUUAGGAUUCUCUGUCGAUGAUCUUGGCUGCUGUAAAGUGAUUCGUCAUAGUCUCUGGGGUACCCAUGUGAUUGUAGGAAGUAUCUUCACUAAUGCAACACCAGACAGCCAUAUUAUGAAGAAAUUAAGUGGAAACUAGAAGUAAUGUCAGUUUAUUUGCUGUACUAUUUAUAACUUUUGGAUUGAUAUAUAAAUACUGUCAAACACUUCAGUUUUUAAAAUAUACUUAUUUCUAGGUAUUUAAUUCGACAUUUAUGAAUUUACAACAUUGGCAAAUGAUUUGAGAUUUUAAAAUUGAAAACGUUCAUUAUUCAUAUUAUCAUUGAUUACAUGUUGAGCACAUCCACGUUGUACAGAACGUGGUAAUUAACGUGUAACCAGGGUAUGAUCUCUUAUUGUUAUUUCUCCCUUUUAUUGAAAAAAACCUGUUUUAAUUAUUUUUCUCCAAAAUAAAUCAAACAUUUGAUUAUGAUAA